CACAGAACAUUUGAAACAACAACACCUAUCACCACCUUUUCUCUCUUCCUUUUUCUUCAUUCUUUCUUCCUCUUUCUCUCUCUAGACUCUAGCCCAACAGUACACUAUUCCUCCUUCUGACUCCUACCCACUACCCCUCUCUCUCUCUACUGUUCUUCCCACUCACCUCUCUUUCUCUCUCUUCCUUUACAGUUUACACCAUGAAUUACUCUUAUCAGACAACAACCAUAAUUCAUCCAUGGCUGUUCUUUCUAGGGUAUUCUUCCUAAAUGUACCAGCUUUUUUCGUUCUUAAACGCUAAAACACCCAAUACCCAUUAAUUUUUACUUUCAUUUUCCUCAUAAUUCAACUUUUCUCACUUCCUUUUACUCCAUUUCAGUAUAAAAACUAAGUCUUUUUUUAGCAUGAUCGUUGCUUGAAUUAUGUUUUGGUACUAAAGUACAAAUUUGUUACAAGUUUUUCAGCCUGUUUUCUUGUAGUUUUUCAACUUCCAGCUCAAAAGAAAGAAAACCCAUCAUUUUUGGGACCUCCCUCUCUCUCUUUGUCAACAAACUGAAGAAUUUAGGAGAGGGAGGAGAGAAAAUGGCGAUGGUAGCACAUAGAGAGACUAGCAGUGGAAGUGGAAGCAGUGGAAUGUUGCAACACAUGGCUGCUGCAGCUAACGAUACUGGAAAGUAUGUAAGAUAUACAGCAGAACAAGUUGAAGCUUUGGAAAGGGUUUAUGUUGAAUGCCCUAAACCUAGUUCUUUACGCCGUCAACAAUUGAUUAGGGAAUGCCCGAUUUUAUCUAACAUUGAGCCUAAACAGAUCAAAGUUUGGUUCCAAAAUAGAAGGUGUAGGGAAAAGCAGAAGAAAGAGUCAUCAAGGUUACAAACAGUCAAUAGGAAAUUAACUGCUAUGAACAAAUUGUUAAUGGAAGAGAAUGAUCGGUUGCAGAAGCAGGUUUCACAAUUGGUUUGUGAAAAUGGGUUUAUGCGUCAACAACUUCAGACAGCACCAAUUGUGGAUGGAAGCAGUGAGCCUGUGGUCACCACUCCACAGCAUUCUAAUAGAGAUGCUAAUAAUCCUGCUGGACUCCUAUCUAUUGCGGAGGAGACAUUGGCAGAGUUCCUCUCAAAGGCAACAGGGACCGCUGUUGAUUGGGUCCAGAUGCCUGGGAUGAAGCCUGGUCCGGAUUCGGUUGGGAUUUUUGCCAUUUCACAUCGUUGCAGCGGAGUGGCAGCCCGAGCUUGCGGUCUUGUUAGUUUAGAGCCUACAAAGAUUGCAGAGAUUCUUAAAGAUCGUACAUCAUGGUUCCGUGAUUGUCGGAGCCUUGAAGUGUUUACUAUGUUUCCUGCUGGCAAUGGAGGAACAAUUGAACUUAUCUAUACACAAAUAUAUGCUCCUACUACUUUGGCUCCUGCACGGGAUUUCUGGACUUUACGGUAUACCACAACUUUAGAAAAUGGCAGUAUAGUGGUUUGCGAGAGAUCUCUAUCCGGUUCUGGACCAAACCCUGCCACUCCUCAAUUCAUAAGAGCUGAUAUGCUUCCGAGUGGCUAUCUCAUUAGACCUUGUGAAGGCGGAGGCUCAAUAAUCCAUAUAGUAGACCACCUUAACCUCGAGGCAUGGAGUGUUCCCGAGGUGCUGCGGCCGUUGUACCAAUCAUCAAAAGUUGUGGCCCAGAAGAUGACGAUAGCAGCGCUACGCUACAUACGACAAAUUGCACAAGAGACAAGUGGGGAGAUCGUAUAUGGCUUGGGUAGGCAACCGGCUGUUUUACGUACAUUUAGUCAGAGAUUGAGCAGAGGUUUUAAUGAUGCUAUAAAUGGAUUCACCGAUGAUGGUUGGACAUUAUUAAAUUGUGAUAGUGCUGAAGAUGUCAUAAUUGCUUGUAAUACAACCAAAACUUUUAUGGCCACUUUAAGUGCUGCCACUACACUACCUUUGAUUGGUGGUGUUCUUUGUGCAAAAGCAUCAAUGUUGCUUCAGAAUGUACCUCCAGCAGUGCUGGUCAGAUUCUUGAGAGAGCAUCGUUCAGAGUGGGCUGAUUUUAAUGUUGAUGCCUAUGCUGCUGCUGCAUUAAAAGCGAACUUUUUUGCAUUUCCAGGAAUGAGAGCCACAAGAUUUACUGGAAGUCAAAUCAUCAUGCCUCUUGGUCACACAAUUGAGAAUGAAGAGAUGUUGGAGGUGAUUCGUUUGGAGGGCCAUUCUCUUACUCCAGGAGAUGCUUUUAUAUCUAGAGACAUCCAUUUGCUACAGAUAUGCAGUGGGAUAGACGAGAAUGCAGUAGGAGCCUGCUCUGAACUUGUUUUUGCUCCAAUCGAUGAAAUGUUUCCUGAUGAUGGUCCCUUGCUUUCGUCUGGUUUCCGUGUCAUUCCCUUGGAUUCAAAACCAGAAACUGCAACAAAUCGAACACUCGACCUAACUUCAAGUCUUGAAGUGGGUCCAUCAACCAACCAUGGAACUGGUGAUGCAUCAUCAUCCGGUAGCACUCGCUCGGUGUUGACAAUUGCCUUCCAAUUCCCAUACGAGAGUAGCCUGCAAGAAAACGUUGCGACAAUGGCCCGUCAAUAUGUUCGUAGUGUGAUAUCUUCAGUGCAAAGGGUUGCAGUGGCUAUAUCCCCUUCAGGAUUAAAUCCCACAGUGAGCCCAAAAUUGUCCCCAGGUUCGCCAGAGGCUCUUACGUUAGCUCAUUGGAUUUGUCAAAGCUAUAGUUACCACAUGGGAGCGGAAUUGCUCAGGACUUCUGCUGCUCAUGACACAGUGUUGAAGCAUCUCUGGCAUCACCAGGAUGCUAUCAUAUGCUGCUCGAUUAAGUUUCCUCCAGUUUUCAUCUUUGCAAACCAAGCAGGGCUUGAUAUGCUGGAAACAACUUUAGUGGCGCUACAAGAUGUAACCUUAGAUAAAAUAUUUGAUGAAUCAGGGCGAAAAUCAUUGUGUGCCGACUUCUCAAGGAUCAUGGAACAGGGAUAUUCUUGCUUACCUUCAGGAGUUUGUAUGUCGACAAUGGGUCGUCAUGUUUCGUACGAACAGGCAAUUGCUUGGAAAGUCUUUGCUGCAGAAGAGACGGCAAUCCAUUGUCUUGCUUUUACUUUUAUCAACUGGUCGUUUGUGUGAAGGACGAUUUAGGUAAAUGAUUAAUCCAUCAUAUCUGUGGUUAUUUAUUCACAAACGAAAGGGAGUAAAAAGAAGAGGGAGGAAGGGAGGGCGUUUGCGUAGGGAAAAUGUGCAGAAAUCCCAAUUUUUUUUUGUAAUAUUUAACAUGCCAGGCUUGUGUUUUGCUAAAUUAGUCGUGAAAGUGUAUCAAAUUUCAUCGACCAGAACGGGUGCAUAGGUUUUCUGGCAAUUCAAGCAUUCAAAAUACGACCAUAUGCUCGAUAUUCAGAUAAGUGUAGAUGCGAUCAUCAUAUGCUCGGUAAUUAGACGAGUCCAACAUUUGUGUGGGUAAUGUUUGUGGAUUUUCAUUUCCUUAGAUGAGUGGCUAAUUGCCGAUAAUUUCCUGU